UUGCUUCCUUUUUCAUUGAUUCUCUUCUUUUUCAUCAAAUAUUCCAACACCCCUUUUAGGUAUAUUUACCAAAAAAGAGAAGAAGAAAGGCGGCGUUUUGAAAUUUUCAGUUUAUUUUUAUAAAAGUUAUACUGAGUUUGUUAUGGAGAACGGACAUGUAUCAACUUCUUCAAGAAAUAAUAAUAAUAAUAAUAAUGUGGAAAUUUCAAUAGCAACUGCGUCUUCGAUGUUUCCUGGUUUCAGGUUUUCUCCAACGGAUGAAGAGCUGAUAUCUUAUUACUUGAAGAAGAAACUAGAAGGGUCUGAUAAGUGUGUUGAAGUUAUUUCUGAGGUUGAGAUUUGGAAACAUGAACCUUGGGAUUUACCAGCUAAAUCCGUCAUUCAAUCGGAUAAUGAAUGGUUCUUCUUUUCUCCUCGUGGAAGGAAGUACCCAAACGGAUCGCAAAGUAAGAGGGCAACAGAAUCUGGUUACUGGAAGGCCACAGGAAAAGAACGUAAUGUGAAGUCUAGUUCAAAUGUCAUUGGCACAAAGAGAACGCUGGUGUUCCACACUGGUCGGGCGCCUAAAGGACAGAGAACACAAUGGAUAAUGCAUGAAUAUUGCAUGAGUGGGAACACUAAUUACCAGGAUUCUAUGGUUGUCUGCCGCCUCCGGAAGAAUAGCGAGUUUCAUUUGAAUGACACACCAAGAAAUCAGAGGAAUCAACUGGUUGCUACUGAUAGUGCAACUGCUCUAUCUGGAGCAGGACAAUUGGGCAGCUUGGAAUUUGUCAAUGUAGGGGAUUGCUGCUCAAAGGAAGGUAGUAGCAGUUUUCGUUCCCAUUCGGUUGAGCAGAUUGAUUCUGGAUCGGAAUCUGAUAGACCGACUAAAGAGUUCUCGCAGCAUGAUUCCUCUGGCCACUUCCAGGAUUUCGAUGGCGAAGAGGACUGGUUUGCGGAUAUAAUGAAGGACGAUAUCAUUGAGCUAGAUGAUUCUUCACUUAACGCCCGACCUAUUUCCAUGAUCCCCGUUAGGCCUGAAUCCUCUGAAAUAUCGAAUCAUGAAGCUCAAGCUGCGAUGUCCUCCGUGGUUCCUUUCCAGGGCACUGCAAAUCGAAGACUCAGACUAGUAAGACAGGUUGUAACCCAAUGUCGAGUAAAGGGAUCCAAACCAUACAAAGCCAUCAAGAUGAAUAAAAUCGGAGGGGGGACAACUAGUUCAGCAAGAUGGUUGAGUAACAUGUUUUCAGUUAAAUGGAUGAGGCAAUAUGUGAUACCUAUAUUUCUGGUCACCUUGACAUUGCUGGUCAUGCUUCUUAGUCUGUUAGAAGUCUCGCAGCAAGUAAAACCGCGUAAGCGCCUUCUCAUUUUAGCAAGCAGCCGAAGUUAAUACCAUACUGGUAUGUUGUCUUAGUAAAAUCAUAUUCAAAGUGGGGAUCGAAGAUGAUUGGUUAUGCAUAAAAUGAAAGAAUGGCUGCUCUAUGUUUGUGUUUGAGCUUAUUAAGUACCAAUUGUGCAACAUAAAUGUACAGGGUGAUAUACCUUAAAAUAGAUCAUGUAACGUAAAGGUUUCUGGUGGUGAUUAUAACAAUAAACCAUUUUAUUAAUACUAUGUUUGGAUGCGUAACUCCGAUUUUCUGUU